AUGUAUCCACCGUGUGAUCAUGACGACCGGGCCUCCGUGGCGAGUAGUGACGGCCAUGGUCUCUCCUUCUUAGACCUCCCAGGGGAGAUUCGGAACCAGAUCUACACCAUACUCCUCUGGCGCAGAGACGACAUGGAGAGACGUAUCGUCCCCGUGCUCAAGCCGCCCAAAAAGUACACGCCAGUGGCCAGACAGCUGCAAGCACGCGAGGAGAAGCAAGGCGCGCGGCUGCGCCCGCGAUGGGGUCACACGAUCCUGACCACUCCUCCAGGCCGCUUCGCGAGGACGUGCAGGCAGGUCUACCGCGAGUUCGCGCCCAUGCUGUACUCGUCGCACACGAUCGUCCUGCACGCCGGGCGUGGCGGGCUGGGCGGCGUACAGCCGCGGUGCUGGACGUACUCGCCCUCAGAGAGCCAUGACCGUGACUCGCCCCUGGAAUACCUGAGGCGCGCGGUCCGGAACAACACGCCGGCAGAUCUGCCGCGCCCGCUGCAGCACUGCGCCUCGCUGAGCAUCACGGUCGUCACGCCCGUCAAUGCGGCGGUGCACAGGGCGUGGCUCGACGCGUUCGACUUCCUCGCGGGCGACGCGAAGAGGCUGAGACACCUCCGCGUCACCUUUGCGCACGACAAGGACCGUGAGCAGUGCCGCUUCCGCCGGACGAAUAGCAGGUCGACUCAUGACGUUGACGUGUCGGGCGGCUGCUGCAUCGAGCUCGCGAAAGACGUGGCGCUGGCACAGAGGCUCGGCAGGCUUCGCAGGCUCGAGAGGCUCGAGAUACGGGGGGUGUACGAGGAUGUAUGGCCAGCUGUACUGGAUAAACAUAUUGUUCAUUAUGGCAAUGGGGGUGGGCGUAAUAGUGAUAGUCAUGACGAUGAUGGCGACAUUGGCGAUGUACCAAGACUGGCAGUGCACCUUGUCGGGUUUCUAUGCACGCUAUGGGACGCCGACCAUGGCGGCACGGACGGCGGGUCUCGCGAAACCAAGCUCAUACGUGUGGACUAUCGUAGGGAGCGCAGGCAUCAAGCAGCGUGCAAGUUGUCACGAGAUCAAACACGAACUUUGUAG